UCCUGCCCGUCCUCGAACACAGUGGCACUGUGCUGGGUCCCGGUUGCCAGCAGAGUCACUCUCAUCAUGUAAAGCUAGAGAGAAGCUUCCAGGAGGAGACAGCCAUGGCUCCUGGGAUGCCGUGGCUAGAGCCACUCUGUUUCUCUCCAUCUCCAGGGUUCCUUCUUCAGUUCACAAUCGCACUUGAUUAUUCUGAAUCUGUUAAUUAACAGGAUCUAUUUGGUGCAGUUGCAGGUCCCUUAAUUCCACCCCAGGAGGGCCCUUCAGUCACAGACCAUCUCCCAGGCCAGGGGCUGCUGUGGGAUCCGACCUGGGGGGUCCACCGGCUGAGGGGUCCUUCCAGGAUUGACUGUGCUGGUGCGGGUGCUGCCUGGGGGCUGGCAGUAGUGCUUCCUGUCCCUCCUGCCCCGCAGGGCCCAUCUUCUGCACAGGCAGUGGGCAGCAUGCAAGCCCUGGCCUCCCUCCCACAGGUGCCCUCCCCAGCUGUGUGGCCUUGGGCGAGACACCCGCCUUCUCUGAGCACCGCAUAUUCGAGCCCCUCCGCAGCAGCCCAGCCCCUGCCCGGGAACAGCUCGCAGUUGAGGGGAGGAGGGGAUCCUGGGUUUAGGGGACAGUGGGCUUCCUCCUGGGCUCCGCCAUCUGCUCUUGCAGGAGCACAGAUCCCCCGAGCCGCGCAUGGCGCCAUACUCUGCGUGUGCAUGGGCCCCGGGUCCCCAGCACACUCUGUGCGUGGCCUCCCAGGUCCCCAGCAGCCCUCUGGGGUGGGGUCUCAUUGUCCCUGUUUGCCAGAGGAAGGCUUGGGAGCUCAAGGGGCUGCCCAGCACCCACAGCCACCGAGCCACCGAGCCCUGCAGGUGGCUCUGCUUUGUACCACCGCCCUGUGGCGCUGGCAUGGCUGCGGAAGUUGCUGCCAUUUCCCUCACGCUUGAUUUUAUAACGUGGCUGAUAGCUACAGAUUCAUUUUAAAAAUCACUCUGAAGACUUUACAAUUCUUUGUUAAAAUUGCUUAAGUAUAAAAGUGAGAAAAGGAGCAGCCUCUGGUAAGCAGUGUAAACGGGUUUUUAAUUCGUGCUGGGGGGUCCUGUGCAGCCGCCGAGAAUGAGUGUCCGUGAUCUACAGUGGCGUGCGGACCUGGUCACGUUCUGCUGCCCCUGGUCCCGUGUGAGGCAAUUACGCGUGGGGCGGUGUGCGGGCAAGACCGCCGGUGUGGACAGUGGGUUUCUGGCAAUGCGAUUACGUGGCCUUCACCACCGGGACUCCGCCAGCGCCGCGCUACCACCACUCAGCUGUUGUCUACGGGAGCAGCAUGUUCGUCUUUGGGGGCUACACUGGGGACAUUUAUUCCAAUUCUAAUUUGAAGAAUAAAAACGACCUGUUUGAAUACAAGUUUGCGACUGGCCAGUGGACGGAGUGGAAAAUUGAAGGACGGCUGCCAGUUGCUAGAUCAGCCCACGGGGCCACCGUGUACAGUGACAAGCUGUGGAUCUUUGCUGGCUAUGAUGGCAAUGCCAGGUUGAACGACAUGUGGACAAUCGGCCUCCAGGACCGGGAGCUCACCUGCUGGGAGGAGGUGGCCCAGAGUGGCGAAAUCCCACCAUCUUGCUGCAACUUCCCUGUGGCUGUGUGCCGGGACAAGAUGUUUGUGUUCUCGGGACAGAGUGGAGCCAAGAUAACCAACAACCUCUUCCAGUUUGAAUUCAAGGACAAGAUGUGGACACGCAUUCCCACUGAGCACCUGCUCCGGGGCUCCCCACCACCCCCACAGCGGCGCUACGGGCACACCAUGGUGGCCUUUGACCGCCACCUCUAUGUGUUUGGGGGUGCGGCCGACAACACACUGCCCAAUGAGCUGCAUUGCUACGAUGUGGACUUCCAGACUUGGGAGGUCGUGCAGCCCAGCUCUGACAGCGAGGUCAGUGGGGCCGAGGCGCCCGAGCGAGUGUCUGCGUCUGAGGAGGGGCCCACCCUGACCGCUGAGGAUCGGAGCAGCUUCAAGAAGUCCCGAGACGUGUUCGGCCUGGACUUUGGCACCACGUCAGCCAAGCCGCCGGCCCAGGCAGCCUCCGAGCUGCCCAGUGGGAGGCUCUUCCACGCGGCUGCCGUCAUCUCGGAUGCCAUGUACAUCUUUGGGGGCACCGUGGACAACAACAUCCGCAGCGGGGAGAUGUAUAGGUUCCAGUUCUCCUGUUACCCCAAGUGCACGCUGCACGAGGACUACGGGCGGCUGUGGGAGAGCCGCCAGUUCUGUGACGUGGAGUUCGUGCUGGGCGAGAAGGAGGAGUGUGUGCAGGGCCACGUGGCCAUUGUCACUGCACGGAGCCGCUGGCUCCGCAGGAAGAUCGUGCAGGCCCGGGAGCGGCUGGCUCAGAAGCUGGAGGAAGAGGCAGCCCUGGCUCCCAGGGAGGCCGCUGGCAUGGCUGUGGGGGGGACCCGGCUGCCCCUGCUGCACGUGGCCAUCCCGGAGGCCGAGGCCCGGCCCUUCGAGGUGCUCAUGCAGUUCCUCUACACCGACAAGAUCAGAUACCCGAGGAAAGGCCACGUGGAGGACGUGCUGCUCAUCAUGGACGUGUACAAGUUGGCGCUGAGCUUCCAGCUGUGCCGCCUGGAGCAGCUGUGCCGCCAGUACAUCGAGGCCUCCGUGGACCUGCAGAACGUGCUGGUCGUGUGUGAGAGCGCCGCCCGGCUGCAGCUGGGCCAGCUCAAGGAGCACUGCCUGAACUUCGUGGUGAAGGAGUCCCACUUCAACCAGGUGAUCAUGAUGAAGGAGUUCGAGCGCCUCUCAUCCCCACUGAUUGUGGAGAUCGUGCGGCGGAAGCAGCAGCCGCUCCCUCGCGCCCCCUCGGACCAGCCGGUGGACAUCGGCACAUCUCUGAUCCAGGACAUGAAGGCGUACCUGGAGGGGGCGGGUGCGGAGUUCUGUGACAUCACGCUGCUGCUGGAUGGGCACCCGCGGCCCGCCCACAAGGCCAUCCUGGCUGCCCGCUCCAGCUACUUUGAGGCCAUGUUCCGGUCCUUCAUGCCCGAGGACGGGCAGGUGAACAUCUCCAUCGGGGAGAUGGUGCCCAGCAGGCAGGCCUUCGAGUCCAUGCUGCGCUACAUCUACUACGGCGAGGUCAACAUGCCCCCCGAGGACUCACUCUACCUGUUCGCGGCCCCCUACUACUACGGCUUCUACAACAACCGGCUGCAGGCGUACUGCAAGCAGAACCUGGAGAUGAACGUGACGGUGCAGAACGUGCUGCAGAUCCUGGAGGCGGCCGACAAGACGCAGGCGCUGGACAUGAAGCGGCACUGCCUGCACAUCAUCGUGCACCAGUUCACCAAGGUCUCCAAGCUGCCCACGCUGCGGUCACUGAGCCAGCAGCUGCUGCUCGACAUCAUAGACUCCCUGGCCUCCCACAUCUCCGACAAGCAGUGCGCGGAGCUGGGCGCCGACAUCUGAGGCCCCGCGGGCCCACCCAGCCUGGAGAGCAGCCAUACCUGCCUGCCCGCCCUGUCCACCGCGAGGACUGCACUGGCCAUGCUCAUGCCUGCAGCAGAGGGGUGCACCUGCCAGGCCCUGGGUGGGGGUGCCCAGAGGGGUCCCAAAUGCUUCAUUUCACUGAGGAGGUCCCACGGAGAGCAGAUGGUGAAGCAGACCCCCUCCCCAGCAGGCCCCCCCUCCUGGAGUGGAGGCACAGGUGGGAGGCCACGGCUCAGUGAUGGGACAGCACCCAGACGUGGGGAGAGACUAGGGAGCCAUGGCCUUGGGCCUCCCCCCCAGCAGGGCCUGGGCAUGGGCUUUGGGGGGCUUGGCAUGGCCCCUGGCUUGGGCAUGCCAGUAUGGGGAGGGGGCUUGGCAGAAUUGCUGCCCUACCAGGGAGUUCACCUGGGCUGCACCCACCCCCACCUCACCCUCACUGAGGUCGGCGUAAGGGGCCCCUCCUCCUGCGCUCAGCUUGUAACUGGGGACCCGUGGUGGGCAGGUCCAGUCUGACUAGAGGUGAAUUUUGGUGUGAAGGGCCCUGCGGUCAGCUCCCAGCCAACAGCUCAGCCGUGCUGGGCUGGGCCCGGCCUCCAGAGGGGCUGCAGGAUCCCAGCCCACCCGUGUGCACAUCGGGGCUCAGGGCUGGGGCAAGGGAGAAGUCAGCAGAGGUGCCGCCCAUGUCCAUGUCCCUCACUAAGUAUUUAUUCUGUCAUAGACAUGCCUCCAUUAAAGCCACAGCAGUGCUACCCACCACACGCGCCUCGCCUCGCUAGCACAGCCUCCACCCCCAGCCUCUGGCCCUCAGCUCCCCACCGUCCUGCAGCCGAGGACUGGUUCUGUGGCCCAAUGGCUUGGCCGCCCUCUAGACAUGGGUUCAGCCAGUCUUGCCUGUUUCUCUGUCCAUAUUGUCAACAGCUCUUUACCCCUACCUGGGGCCACCCAGUCACAUGAGGGAGAAGGGUGCCCCUGCCCUGGUGCUCUGCCUCGCUCCUGCGCCGUCCUGUUGGCUCCUGGGAAGGGGGGCUGACCUCCCACCUGGGCUGGGAGCCAGACAGACUUGUGCAUUCUCCCGUUGCCCUGGAGAAGGUCCUGUGUGAGUCUACCCUGACGCCAGAGGCCUCGUCCUGCCUUUCUGGGAAGAAGAUUCCCAGACUCUUUGUCCUGGCUGCCACAGAGCCAGAGCUCGCCUAGGGAAACGAGCUGCUCUCUCCUGGCCUUAGAGUUCAUCUCCUUCCCCUGGCUGUGCUCCACACAAACACGGCCUUGCCACAGCCACCACCCUGGCCGUAGGGCCCCGGGUGGCUGCAUACAGGUGGACGGGGGGCCCUGCAUGGUAAGGUGGGCACCCGUAGCCAACAGUAGCAGACCCGUAAAGCCAGGCAGCAGGCUAGCAAGUGGCCUGUGCAAGAUGAGCUGGGAAACGAGGAAGGAGCAGGACCUGAGGCAGAAGGCUGAGCUGGGGGCCUUCCUCUGAGGGUGACACGAGUACGGACGGUGUGCCAGCGCCGGGAAAACUGCCAGACUGGGUGGGCAGCCAGGCAGGCUGGAUAGCCACCCACCCAGAGUGUCCAUGAGAUGUGGCUCUUCCCACACCCAUGGGGUGGCCUCCAUGAACUGCCACCUGCAAACCCUGCUCUACACCGACUCUUGUAACUGGCCCCCAACUGUCUCUCAGAUGUAAUAAAGUUACACACCAAAGGCCCUAA